AUGAUGUCCUGGACCUUGUUACCAGUUGCCCUGGUUCUGCUCUGCUCCAGCACCCUCUGCUCCCUGGGCUGUGACCUGACUCAGGGCCUGCAGGAAGACUUCUCUUUUCUGAACCAAAUGCGAACAGUUUCCCUGCUGCCAUGUCUGAAAGACAGAACCAACUUCAGCUUCCCAAAGGAAGCCAUGGAGAUCAGCCAGUUCCAGAGAGAAAAUACCACAGUCAUGGUUCAUGAGACCCUGAAGCAGAUCUUCACCAUCUUCAGCCUGAAUGCCACUCCUGCUGCUUGGAAUCAGACCCAGCUCAGGCAACUGCUCAUUGGUUUGGAUCAGCAGCUGGAACAGCUGGAGCAGUGUCUUGGGCAGGAGGCAGAGCAGCAAGAGCCUUCCUUGGGAAGUGAGAACCCCAGACUGGCCCUGAAGAGCUACUUUCAAGGAAUAAAUCAGUAUCUACAAGGCAAAGAGUACAGUCACUGUGCCUGGGAAAUUGUGAGAGUAGAGAUCAGGAGGAUCUUCCUGUUCAUGAGCAAACUCACAAGAAGACUCAAAAACUAA